UCACAGACGCCAGGGGCGGGACAAAAACGUGAGCGACGUUCAAGACAAACCAAUCACAUGAAUUCAUUUUGAUUCGUCAGCCAAUCGGCAUGAGUUAGGCUGUCCAGCAACUUGACUAUGAGAGCUGAGGCGAAGAAGCAGGAUAUUCGUGGAAAUGUUUGAAUUUUUAUCAUGCUGACAGCCUUCGAAAUUAAAACUAGCCAUCAGUGAACCACCGAGGUAGGAUGAGUCAAUGUGAAGAGGCCUGUCACGGAUUACACCGUAUGUCCAGAUGCAGACACACACACACACACACACACACCUGAGGCCCGUGUAAAGAUCUGAGGAGGAGAUGAUAACAGAACCCACAGCUGCAUCCAGGCCCUCAGAGCAGAACAACAACUCUCAUGAUGAGGCAAACUCCACUGGGGCUGUCAAUCAAUCAGAGGACGAGUCGGGGAACGAGAAUAGACAAAAGAGUGUGAAGCGAAAGAAGAAAGUUCACAAGGGCUCAGAGAAUGUCAAGCGCAAAAGUGCCAAGGCUGGCCGCAGCGGUGUUAGCAGAGCGGGAGGCAGCCACGGUAAACAGAGGCACGUGGAGGCCGUCACGCUGUUCGAGGUGGUCACAAUGGGCAGGAGCGCCAUGCAGGCAGUGAUUGAUGAUUGGAUUGAAGCUUAUAUGACGGAUAGAGACUCUUCUCUCCUCGAUCUUAUCAGCUUCUUCAUUCAGUGCUCUGGGUGCAAAGGUGUGGUCACAGCAGAGAUGUGUCACAGCAAAGAGGACGGUGAAGUUAUGAGUAAGAUGGUGGAGGAGCUGGAUGAGAUUGCUGGUCUGCAGUAUAAAAAGUUCCUGGCCUUUCCGUGGAUCCUCACAGUCACGUGGCCCAUGGAUACAGACAGUGCGGAGUAUCCUCUGACACAGUCGGGCCCGUAUGGCCGCUGGUUUCACUCCGAGUUCUCUGACUUUGUGUCGGUGCUGGUGACUCAGUGUCAGCACAGCGUCAUAUUUGACAGUUACCUGAUGAACACCCUCAUCUCACUGCUCACUGAACUGUCCAGCUCCUAUGUACGGGCCUUCAGACACACCUGCACGCUGGCAGCGGUGAAGCUGCUGAGCUCUCUGGUGGGUGUGGCUCUGAGCCUGGGUGUCAGUAUUGAAAACAGUCAGAAACUUUAUGAGGUGCAGAAAGCCAAGACGAUGAGACAGAAAAGCACGAUGCGAGAGAGAAUACAGAAGAACAUCACAGAGCUGCAGGAGAAGAGAGCGGAGAUGGAGAGCAUGAUGGACAUCAUCUUCAAAGGGGUUUUUCUGAAAAGAUACCGCGAUGUACUUCCAGAAAUCCGCUCAAUCUGCAUGGAGGAGUUGGGUUUGUGGAUGAAGCUCUACAGUUCAGUGUUUCUCAAUGAUAGCUACCUCAAAUACAUUGGCUGGAUGAUGUACGACAAGGUACCAGAUGUGCGUCUCAAGUGUGUGUUGGGACUACAGGGUUUGUAUGAAGAUCCUCUGCUCCUCCCUAAACUGGACCUGUUCACCACCCGCUUCAAGGAUCGCAUAAUCUCCAUGACCCUGGAUAAGGACAGUGAAGUGGCAGUGCAGACCAUGAAACUACUGGUUGUCAUUUCCAAAACAUCUGAUGAUGUGCUCAGUCCAGAGGACUACAAGCAGCUCCUCCAGUUUGUUUAUUCAUCACAGCGCCCUCUAGCUGCCACUGCAGGAGAGCUGCUCUUCUCAAGGCUUCUCAACACUGUAGCCCCUGCAUCUGAUACUCUGAAUGAGGAGGAGGCUCAUAAACACCAAACAUUUGCCAAACUGAAGGCUCUGCUGCAGUUCUACCAGCAGUCUGAGCUGCACAAGCAUGUGGUGUAUCUAGUGGACAGCCUGUGGGACUGUGGUGGAGCCCUGCUGAAGGACUGGCCUGCACUCACAUCUGUACUGUUACAGGACCCUGCCUCACACAGCCCAGGUCUUAAUCAGGCAGAACAAGCAGUGCUUGUAGAGGUCCUGGUGGCGUCGGUGCGACAGGCCUCAGAGGGACCAGCGCUGGCAGGAAGGACCGGCACAAAGAAGGUGAUGAGUGCAAAAGAAAAGAAAAUUCUGUUUGAUGACUGUGCUAAACUCACUGAACAUCUCCUCAUGGUGCUUCCUAAGUUACUGUCCAAGUUCUCAGGUAGUUGUGACAUUGUUGCUUCCCUGUUGAAGAUUCCUCAGUUCUUCCUCCCAGAGUGUCCUGAGGGUGAAAGCACACAGGCAGUGUCCAGUCUGAUGGCAGAGAUGAGAGCUGUUUUGGAGCUCCACUCUGACCCUGCUGUUCUGGAGGCUGCAGCCCGCACUUACCUCAGUCUGUGUGGGGAGGAGACGGCCGGUGGCUCCAUGGCCCGGGCUGCCAGGGACUCUCUGAUCCAGCACUGGGUGGACCAACUGACAGCACUGCUGGGGGAGGUAUUGGAGGGUGGCAGUUUUUCUGCUGACGAAGAGAAAACUGGAGAAAUUUUAGCCACACUGAAGAAACUCAGAGCUUUUCACAACUGUCAUGACCUCAUUCGCUGGAACCUGUUCGAGCUGUUGUCUCCUGUCCUGUCGGUGGAGAGCAGCCAGGGAGGAGCACCGCCAGAGGUGCUGCUGGAAGUACUGCAGUGUCUGUGUUACUCCAUGCUCUGGUCUCUCAACAUGAGUAGUGAAACUCUAACCUCCAGAGAGAAAGCUGUGGCCCAGAGACUCCAGCUGCGUCUCUUCUGUGAGAGGGGUCAUCACCGUCUCUCCCACUCUGACCUCAGCGUGCGGCAGCAGGCUUUUCUGGGUGUCUGUGACGUUCUCACGGCUCAUUCCUACCAGCUCCAAGUGUGGGAUCCAACCUCCUUUGGUCCCCUGCUUUACACUCCCAGUCCCAAACUGCAGAGGGCGCUGUUGACCUUUGUAUGCAGACACGUUUUUGUUGGACCGGACUGUGACAGCCAGUGCGUUGUCAGUGAAAACUCUGAAGUGGAGAGGCUGGAGGACCUUCACAGACGAAGAAAUCUGCUCGCGGCCUACUGCAAACUGAUAGUUCAUGGAGUUCUGGAGAUGAGCAUGGCAGCUGAGGUCUUCAUGUACUAUGUGAAGUACUAUAACGAUUUUGGAGACAUCAUCAAGGAGACGAUGUACAGGACCAGACAGACAGAUAAGCUGGAGAGUGCUCGUACACUGGUGCUCUGUUUGCAGCAGCUGUUUACUCGUCUUAAGCGGGAGCAGGAGAGCGGUGGUGGUAGGGCCCACCCAGGAGUCCAGACCUUCACCUGCAUCAAAGAGCUGGCCAGACGGUUUGCCCUCACUUUCGGGGACCUCGUCAAGUUUCGCGAGUGCGUCGUCAUGAUCCACAGGAACGGCAUAGAGUUUGUGUUCCAGGAGUUUAGUCAGACGCCAGAAUCACCUACUCCACCAUACCUCUCCUACCUGACCAUCCUCGGUGAGUUCUCCAGCAAACUCCUCAAACCGGACAAGAAAACAGUGUUUUCCUACUUGCAGAAGCACACUGCAGAGCACAUUGUUGAUCUCAGGCAGGAGUGCUGGCAGCCACUUAUAUAUUAUCGUGCUUCCCUAUUGGCUGUAGCUGAAGGGGAGGACGCCGUGUCCUACGUUAGCUCCGACAGGAAGCCGCACAUGCCCAAUCGCUCUCCCUUCUCCAAACAGAAACUGGAAGGAAGCAAGUCCCCCUGCCCAUUCACCAAAGUUCACAGGUCCAGCUUCAGUCCAAGCCAUCAGGAGAAGACAACAGAUAUGGAUCCUUUUUCUGUCCCCGUGGAACCUCCUGCAAAAAGGUCGAACAUUGAGGCAUCUGUCCUCGGCGCUGGCAACGAGGCGGACGACGACACUGUGGAAAUCGAGCUGUAACAGUUUGGAGGUUGGAGAGAAAUCUGUGCUCAUGUCUGUAUGUCACAGACGUGAGACUUUGAGUGUCUUCUCUGAUGUGCAGACGUCCCAGUGUCCAUUGUUGUCUACAAAUCUGAUCGUACAGGUUUGUUGAAAAGGCAGUAUAUUAUGUUUUGUAUGAGGACAUAGUUUUAAAGGAUAAGAUUGUUGUAUUCCACCUUUAAUAUUAUCGGCAAAUCCCAUGAAAAGGCCAAAACCAACAAGAACUGAUCCUACUAAUUCACUACUAUUAGCUGUGCAGGAAAAGCCAUGAACCUCAGUGGUUGCCCAGAAACUAUUAAAGGUAUACUAUGAGGGAUUUGUUGGUUGCUGUUUGUAAACAUGCCAUUCAAAAUUGGCCUCCCUGGAUCAACAGGUGAGGCAGAAGGCCUGUUCAGUGUUCGGUAUGAACAGCUGUCCUGGGUGGUCCAAUCACAACAGGACACCUCUGAGCCCAUCAGUUAACACUUGGCAUUAUAAUGUGUCACCACAUGCGUCUUAAUUCCCCACUCUAUAUGCAAGUAAACAAGUACAUCACAGGGGCAAAUGAACAUGCUUUACUUGCAUAAAGAAAGAAAUAACUAAGUUUAACAUUUUUCAAAAUUUAAAAGAAGGCUUAAAUGAUUAGGAAUUUGCCAUGGACAGUUCUUUCACCAAGUUUAUAAAGUUUCUUCUAAUUCAGCAACUCAGAAAACUCAGAUUUUUUCAAGUGCAUCUGGGGACUUUCCCCACAGGUGACCAAGUAGCAGCCUGUAUUGGUUACUGUUUAUGUGUAAAUUUUGAUGUUUACCCUCACUAAAAUGUUGUCUUCUUUCAUAAAUUUACUGUAAGAGGUGAAAUCAGUUGAACUGGCAUGUUCAAAUAGCUGCUAAACAUUGGCAGCUAAGACACACUGUAGACCGAGAACAGACAGGCUGGUACAGUGAUGCCUGUCAGAACUGACGGAAAAUAUAAUAAAGACGACUCAGUAUACCUUUGAAAACACAUCAGUGAGCCACACUGUGGCUGCACUAGGUGACAUUUUCUUCCAUUAGAAAAAACAGGACUGUAGUUUAAGUUGAAUUAAUCUCACAUUCGCCAUCCUGCUACUGUAAAUACCGUGUAGAGCACCAACAAUGCAUUAAUUUGCACCUGAAAAUAGUCCCCAACAAAUGCAUCUCUUCUGCUGCUUGAGUAACAUUUGCCAAAAAAAGUGAGCGGCUGUUUCAGUUAAUUACUGAGCAUAUUUAUUAAGGGGUAAACCAUAAACAUGGAAACAGUUGUUUUAGAUUUUGUGUACACUUUAAGUACAAAACAACAGGUUUGGGGCCACAUAAAAAGCAGCUAAGUCGGA